AUUGAGCACAAAACACAUUUAUGGGGCCUUGAAAAUGUGUACGAGACAACCGAGUAAAGAGAUGGCCGAGGAAGUGGGAACUGAUCCUCCUACUCCAGCUACUCCAGCUGAACCGGCUAAAGAAGAUAUAAAGCCCGAGGAACAUUUAGUGAAUUUUACUAUCAGUGUCGAGCAUGUAUUCAACGUUGAUGAAGAAGGUAAGUUACCGGCAGAAGCCAUGAAAUCAUGGCAGUACUACCAUGUGGAGUACAAUCUGCAGCCAAAUAAAUCAGCAGCUAAAGCAGAUGUAGUUAUGUCAGGCAUGGUUGCUAAGAUGUACAGUGACUUUGAUACCAGGUUACUGAAGACCAGGACUGAUGGGGACAAGCAAUAUGUCAUGUGGAGUCACAAACAUCCAAUUAAUGUAACUAAAGCGUUGCUACUUGACAUGUUUUCACACACUGUCAACAUACGGUUCUGGGACACCAAGGACAAAGUGAGCGUGAGAGCCAAGUUUGAUCGUCCCAAAGUUUUCAGACUACCCCCACCACCCGGCCCUAAACCUGUGGAUGCUCGAUUUGACGGAGGAGGUACAGCACAGAGUAACGCUAGGAGACACCUCCAGAUGGAGAAAGGGAUGGCUUCCGGACAUAAAGCAAAACACUCUUCUUCAGAUAAUAUGAAGUCGGAUAACAAAGUGUCGUCCACUGAUCUGACAUCCACCACACCAACUGAGAUGAGGCGGAGGAAGAUGGAGAAGGACAUGGUGUCGGAGUGUGGUAAAUGUGUGCUAUCUGUACCGCUAUCCUCGCUCUAUGCUGGCAAUACUGUGCUCUUUGCACACAGUGAGCCGUGCCAGCACUUUACUGCGCUAAAGCAGGUUAUCGUGAAGAUAUCGUUAAAUAAGCCUCUCAUGUCACUGUCCCUUUCAAAGGAGCUGUGUCCAAUGAAACUUAACAUCGUCAAGUCGAAAAACAAUCCCAACUCUCCAGUUGCUUAUAAACAGUUGUCAGAACAGUGCAAUCCAGUGUUUGCUAGAUAUCAAUUCCUGGGAGAAGACCAAAUUGACACGGAAGGAGUGCCCCAUGCCAAAGAUAUCACCUGGAAUCAUCAGCAUGUCAUCCUGCUAGGUGUGCUAUCUCGGACAAAGUUGGAAGAGUUUCUGACAGGUCCUCCAUUUGAAGUGGAGCUUCACGACAGAGACAGAAGAGCGGACAUCAUCAAACCUCUUCCUAAGAUAUUUGAUAUUCAUGGCAACGAGGAACAUUUGUUUGAUACCAGUGGUAAAUCAAAAGCUCUUGGACCGCCUGGGAUACCAUGGGAUUCAUAUGGAAUAGCAAAGUUUGACCUGUCUCCACUGCUGCUCGGAGAAGAUAAACUGAAACUGAAGUCCCCGGUCUUACCUUGUGUACGACCUGUGAACUCAAACAGAACCAGUGUUCUUAAAACUGAACCAAGACUUGAUGAUUCUGGAAGUUUGCCAUGCGGCAGGUAUAUAGAGAGUGCCACUGUGAUAACAGUUGAGUUGUCCUUAGCUCACCCUCUUGUGGAGCACACUAACUACCUCAAACUCACUAAUCCAACCUUGACUGCAGACACCGAGGAGAUAGACUGUCCGUUUGAGAGAAUUGUGUACUCGAUGCCUGCCAGCAAAUCAGAGUUCUUAGACAAAAUAAUAGAACAAGUUCUCGAGACAAACGUUAAGAUAUUCAAUCUGGAUAAUCUUCCGAAAGAGAUGUACAGUUCUGCUUUGUCCACCUACAAACUAACUAAGACUCAGCUGCGGAGUUCCAUCCUGGACUACAUAACAGGUUUCCAUAUGCUGGAUGGACAACAACACCUCCUGGUGCUAGAAGGAACAGCUCGUGGAUCUAUAGCCAGAAUAUGGGAGGAAAACCCUAAAACUCACGAUGAUUUUAAGGUUCUAUACAAUUCUGAACUGAAGUUCUCCGAACGGCUCUAUUCCCUCCUAUCCCCUGACAUAAUGAAAGUGAAACUCUUUGAACCACUGGUAUCCCUGGUGAAACAUCCCUCUCUCUACGUGAGAGGUUCAGUGUCUAGAGAGGCAUAUGAUGGUCUGAUCUGUCUUAGUGACUUGAGGGCUGCUAACCUUCUUCUCAGCUGCUCAAGAAACAACUCAUUUCCCACAGGAAAUAUGAUAAAGUUGGUCUCAAUGGAAUUUGGAGUGCCACAUUCUCUUCUUCACCUCAAGAAAACUCCAAAACAACUUCGAGAGACUAUACAAUCUAAAGCGACCAUAGAAACCUUGCAAUCAGAACCAAAGAGAUUAGCAGGAUCUUGGACUCCUAUAGAUAACUAUAACCUGAACUACAUCGACAAACCUGUCCGAGCAUCUGUGAACUUCUUGUAUCACAACGUCGAGAAAGUGAGGGCAAAAUCAGAACUUAACUCGAAGAAGAAUGUCAAAACUGUCAGGAUAGCAUGUGAUGAGACCGCCGGGCACAACUACAGCACAUCUACCAAAAAUUCAACAGAGCUGGCCAAGAGAAAGAUAAGAGGGAUCCUGGCGGAGAGGCCCAGUGAGAGGUUCACCUACUCUCAGGAGUACGCAUGUCAAACAGUCUCCCCUCGUUGCGUACAAGAGGAGACUGAAAAAGAGAAAGAGCAGAAGAAGGAAGUGUGGAGGACCCAGGAGGGUUUCCUGUUCCCUGCUCACAGAUCCGCGUUACAGUCUAACCAACACAGCUCUAUCCCACACUACACUAGAGUCGAGCAACUUAGAGAACCUUGGGAGGAGAAUGUUUUACACGCUGGAAAACUAAAACCAACUGUCGACUGGAAGACCUUCUCGUGGAAUGAGAGAGGCAGAGACUUUGCUACUCCGAAAAGACUUCCAACCCCCAGUCACCCGGUAACGAUACACAUGCCUGGCAAAAGACGAGCCGAGGAGCUCCAACAGUACACUUCCGAAGAAGAAGAGAAGUGGAGGAGUAAACUGGUGGUAGAUAACGAGAGAUUCGCAGUGCACAGGACCGGUGCUGCAGUUGAGCUGAAGAGUAGGGGCCCCGGGGCGGCUUCUCAACAGGACAAAUCCGGCAGUAUUCUCAAAGAUCCUCCCGCCAAAUUGUCUUUGUCAACUGCGCCUUUUAGACUGUCUCCAAUACCUGCUGUUGAUGUGGUGAACUAUCCUAGAAGUGAGGGAAAUGAGAAGAAAGUUUUCCAACCUGGUCCUCAUCAUUCUCUGUCCUGGUCCCGGGAGUGUAACGCAAUUCCCGUUCUCAAAGACGGGAAAGACGGGAAGUUUUCUCUUUACUUCACUCCUCACUCUGCUUUAGCUAAACUUGCUAUCAAACCUUUGGGUGACAAGGAAAAAGUGGGACACUUGUGGGAAACCCCUGCAAAUUGAGUUUUAUCUUAGAGAUAUAUAGUGUGGACACUGGUAAUUAUUCCAACACCGCUGAAUUUGAACCUUACAAUUUUCUGGCAUUUUCCUCCAAGCCUCAACUCAAUGAGGAUGAGUCAUGAGUAAAUGAUUUGUUAAGUUUUGAUGAUUAGUUAUGGUUUUGUAGUAUUUCAGAAUUGUAUUUAUGUGUAUGAACUUACUCAAAAUUAACUACCCCCCAAAAUUCAAUUUAGCUAUUGAAUGUAGUUACAUUAGAUUUUAAAAGAAUUUUUGAUCCACGAUCGUAGCUGGAUGUGCCAGAUUUUUAUUGUGAAUGAUUUUAAAGAACUUAAUAGAUUUGG